CUUCCGCUUCCGGUCUGAUUUCACUUUCCACUCAAUACCGUAUUUUUCUUAUCUAAUUCCUCCAACUACUAAAAAGACUUCGCGCUUUGCUCCUUUUUAAUGACGUGGUGUUGAAUUUUAAAAGCUGAUUUUUGGUUUUAAGAGCACCACCGGAAGUCACGUGUCUUGUAGUUUUUCCGCGAACAUCCUGUGUUGUAACCCAGAAAAAGGUCACAGAGGAAAUUAGCAGCAGCUAGCAGCUCAGAGCAGCUUUAAUAUUUAAGGUUUUAAUAUAAAGUCAGUUUAUCUUAAAGGUACAAAAAAUAUCAGAUGACCCAAUUUUACUGGUUUGGAUCGGAACACGUUUACCAAACAGCUUUUAGAACCAUCUGCAGCUGAAGAUCCAUUCCAAUAAAAGUCGUUCUGGGUUCAGAGUCUCUGCUGCUCAAAUCUGCAACGGACUGAAGAAGCUCUCUGAUUGGCCGAGAGCUCCACCUGACUCUCUGCAGCUGAGGACGAUCUGAUCCUGGAGGCAGGAUGCCCGGAGCUGCUCUCUGACCAGGUCCUCCUCCAUCUCUGUGCCACGUCCAGCUCCUUGAGAUGUCCCGGCACAGUAAGCUGCAGAAGCAGGUCCUCGCUCUGUACCGGCAGUUCCUCCGAGCCGGGAAGGAGAAACCGGGCUUCAUUCCCAGAAUCCGAGAUGAGUUCAGGGAGAACUCCCGCAUCAAGAAGACGGACGUGAUGCACAUCGAGUAUCUGUACCGACGAGGCCAGAGGCAGCUGGAGCAGCUGAGGGACGUCAACACCAAGCAGCUGGGGUCGUUCUCUAAAGGCAACGGGCCCGGCUGAAAGACCCAGAACCAUCCGGACCAGUGGAACCAGAUACCUCAAAGACUGAACCUGCACCGACUUGCAGCUCUGAUGGUGUGGAGAUUACAUGUUCAGGAGUUUAAACGAUGAAAUGAGCUAUAAUAAAUGUAACUUUUAACAGUUAAGCAUUUAUGUCAAUUAUUCAAUGAAAGACUCGAUGGUUGAGACCUGGAGGAAGAGUCAGAGCCGCAGGCUGAAGGAACAGCUGCUGAUUCUCCUUCCUGCUGCAUGAUGACAUCAUUACAUGAUUAAAGGAGCAGACAUUUUAGAAGCAGACUCAAAGGUUACAGAAACCAGACAAAGAAAGGAUUUAGGACUGGAUUUCUGUUGUGAAUCAGAACAAAUUAAAAAGCAACAUGAA